UGCCGCUCGGAUGCAAAUACAGGUCGGACAUCAUUACAAUCGGCUUUCUGUUUGGUAGUUAUCCAGCGUGAAAUUACCGUUAAAUAUUUUCGCGGUCGGUUAUUGUCGUGUUAAUUUAAAAUGUCCAUAUAAUUCAAACGUUAACGGACACUCGGUGGCAAUUACAACGGACAGAAAAAACGUUGGUGAACCCGGAGCGGCGGAGUGUGUGAACCGCUACAUGCUACGUGUACAGUAGCUGUUAGCAGUUAGCUGUUAGCAGUUAGUAGCUAGUUAGCUGUUAGCAGUUAGCUGUUAGCUGUUAGCCUGUGGGAGGCUGUUAGCUAACACACAGAAACAUCAGAACAAGCCGGUUACAAACAUGGACUUCUAACUUCUUACUUUAAUGAGCUAAUAUAUAAAGCUGUAAAGUGCCGGAGGGGGUUGUGUGGAGUUAACAUGGAGGACAGUUUGAAAAGAAGAGUGAAAUAUUAAUUCACUGCUUCUGUGUUUUUGUUUUUAAGUUUAAAGUUUAAAGUCUCUGUUGUCGUCGUUUUGUCUUCGUAUUAAACUGGACUGAAGUCAGCGCGUGAAGAUGAUGUACUCAUCCAGAAGAAAGCCUGUCCUUUACUUCAAAGAGGAGAAAAGGUUCCUCUCUGGUAAAUGUACGGUCUACAAGCUGUUCGGCCUGUGCAUGGUGCUGCUGCUCGUCUCUCUGCUCUGGCUGCAGCUCAGCUGUUCAGGGGACAUGUCGGCCACCAUGCGUGAAGACAGGCGCCCCCCCCAGCAGCAGCAGCCGCCCUGCCCCGCGGCCAACAGCCAGGCGUCUGCAGCGGACGACCCCUCUUGGGGUCCUCACAAACUGGCUCUCAUCGUCCCCUUCAGAGAGCGCUUCGACGAACUGCUAGCGUUCGUUCCCUUCAUGCACGCGUUCCUCAACAAGAAGAAAAUCCGCCACGAGAUCGUCGUCAUCAACCAGGUGGAUCACUACAGAUUUAACCGAGCGUCUCUGAUCAACGUGGGUUACCUGGAGAGCGGUAACGACACGGACUACCUGGCGAUGCACGACGUGGACCUGCUGCCCCUCAACGACGCGCUGGACUACGGUUUCCCCGACGACGGGCCGUUCCAUGUGGCAUCUCCGGAGCUGCACCCGCUGUACCACUACAAGACCUACGUGGGGGGGAUCCUACUGCUCACCAAGAAACAUUACCACAUGUGUAACGGGAUGUCGAACCGGUUCUGGGGUUGGGGCAGAGAGGACGACGAGUUCUACAGACGACUGAGAAAAGCCGAGUUACAGCUCUUCAGACCGACUGGAAUCACUACAGGAUACAAAACGUUCCUCCACAUCCACGACUCCGCCUGGAGGAAGAGGGACCAGAAGAGAGUCGCCGCCCAGAAACAGGAGCAGUUUAAGGUGGAUCAGGAGGGGGGCCUGACUAACCUCCGUUACCAGGUGGAGUCCCGCCAGGAGCUGAGCAUCAGCGGCGCUCCCUGCACCGUCAUCAACACCAAACUGGAGUGUGACCAGAGCCUGACGCCCUGGUGUCUUCUGGCAUAGACGGCGCGCUGUGCGGCUUUUUUAACCGCAAGUACGAGUCCCGUCUGUCCACCUGGAGGCUUUAAUGUUUUUUUUUUUUUUUUAUCUAGUGGUGUAGCACAGAUCAAGCCGGGUCGCGGCUCUAUGUUCUUUUUUUGCUGAGAGACUUUUAACGGACGCAGACGCUCUGACCGAUCCGGACACCAAAAUGGGGAAACACGGUACAGACAUUGACUUAUUUAACCCCUACGCUCAACAGGAAUCAACAGGAUCAAUCAAACUACUAUUUCCUCAUCAUCAGGUACAUCUUCACGGUAUCUAAACUCCAGAUGGGUUUGGUACCUGUUCAACUGUUGAGUUGUGUCACAGAAACUGAACUGAUGUGAAAAGUCGACUGUUUGGCGUCUAAACUCAAACGUCGGCGGACGGAGACCGACUGUUACUCCAAACUGGACUGAAACAGACGGGCGGGGUCCAACCUGAGCUGUUUUAACUGAUUUCAUUUUGGGGGUUUAAAGGCGCUGACACACCAACCUGAUAAUCGUCCGUCGGACAGUCUGGCGAGGUCGGUGACUCGAGUCU